AUGAAAAACCUAAACGUCUUGGUGGUUGGUGCUGGGAUCGGUGGGUUACAGACGGCCCUCGCCCUCGCAAAGGACGGUCACAAUGUGACGAUUUUUGAAUCCGUCAAACAAUUCAUGGAGGUCGGAGCCGGGAUCCGGGUACCUCCCAAUUCAUCACGACUCGGCCUCUCUUGGGGGGUGGAUUUCGAUUCCAUCAAGAAGGAAAUUUCCAUGGGUAAUCUGUUCGCCGACUAUCGAGACAAGACCCUCGUGGAGAUUCCGUUCCACGAUGUCCAACGUCGAUACGGUGCACCUUAUUAUUUUGUACACCGGGCCGAUUUCAUCGACGCUUUGGUCCAGGCUCUGGACAAGUACCCGGACAAGAUCAAAUUAAGAAUGAAUACGAAGGUGGUCGAGUAUGAUUUCGACGAGCCGGCGCUAAAGACGGCCGACGAUGUAUGGUACCAUGGUGAUUUGAUCAUCUGUGCCGACGGUAUCAAGUCCGCGGUCAGGAAUGAAAUCAAUGGAACUCGGAUCGAUCCUGUCGAUACCGGCGAUGUCGCGUAUCGUAUCUUGGUCCCUGCGAAACCUCUAUUGGAGGAUCCUCUGACCUCACACCUCGUCAAUAACCCAUGGGCCGUACAUUGGAUGGGACCCGAAGGGCACGCGGUCGGUUACCCUCUGAGGGGGGGUGAACUUUACAACAUCAUCAUAGACAUAACUCAUUCGACCGACUUGGGUGUCCCCGUGGGGGAGGACGAAUGGAAGUCACAAGCCGACAACACCGAAUUGGUCAAGAGGUUCGAGGAUUGGUGUUACCCGGUGAGAAAACUUUGUGGGUUGACCGGUCAGUACCUCAAAUGGAAGUUGGCGGAUUUCGAUCAACUCGACCGUUGGGUUCACCCUUCUGGGAAAGUGGCCUUGCUGGGGGACUCUUCACAUCCCAUGAUGCCUUACCUGGCCCAAGGAGCCGCACAGGCCACGGAAGACGCGGCCACCCUCCAGGCGGCUCUCUCACACCACCAGGACGUCCCAGGGGCUUUACGGGCCUACGAAAAACAAAGAAAACCGAGGGCGGCAUACAUCGCCAAAAACACCCGAGUCAUACAAGAAUGGUUACACCUUUACGACGGACCAGAAAGGGACCGUAGGGACGAACUCAUGAAGCAUGACAACCCACAAAACCCGAUCUUCUGGGCCGACACGAAUCGAAAGGAUUGGUUGUUUGGUCAUGAUGCCCGGAAAUUACUGGAUGAUGAUGGUGGUGAUGAUGCAGCAUCGAAAAUCCCAGAUCUACCUCCUUAUCCGGCAAGGGAAGCUUCAGUCUAUCUCAAUAAUGACAACGGAAACAAAUCACACGCCAACGCCAGGUUGAAUUGAUCAAACACAAUUGUGUACUCCCAUAUAAAACAUAAAAC